CAAUUCAAUAAUAUUAAUUAAUUAUUGAACAAACUUCCAAAAUCAACCUAAUAUCCUCACAUUUCGUUGUUAGCAGAAAAACUUAGCUCCAUUCCAAUUAAAUUACAUACCCAACAGAUAAAAUAGUAACAAAAUUUCAUCUUUCACUAACAAUAAUCAUUAAAAGUGUCUUCACAAGAUUCAACAACAACAACAACCUAGGCUGCAUGUUGAUGUUUGUUUGAUCUAAGAUCAUUCAUCCCUCACAACCCAAGGAAAAAAAUCAUGGCACAUAGAAUAUUGUUUCUAUUUUUCUCCCUACUAUUCAUCUCAACAAGUGUUUGUAUUGAAGAGGGUUUCAUCUCUGUAGUUAUAUCUGAAAAGGGUCUUGACUUUGUCAAAGAUAUUCUAAUAGACCAAGCUAUAUCAUCUAUAGUUCUUUCUCAGCUUCCACAAAUUGAGAAAUCUGUUCAAGUACCUCUUGUUGGAAAAGCUCGUGUGAUUCUUUCUGAGAUCACAAUCAAAGAUAUCCAAGUCAGUUCUUCAUCUGUUGAAACUGGAGAUACAAGCAUUGUUGUUGUUGUUUCAGGUGCCACUGCUAAUUUGAGCUUGAAUUGGAGGUAUACUGUUAGCAGUUGGUUAGUCCCAAUUGGAAUUUCAGAUAGUGGAACUGCCACUGUCAAGGUUGAGAAUAUGCAAGUAUGGCUUACUGUAAAUUUAAGGAACCAAGGAGGAACUCUUAAGCUGAUUCUCUUAGACUAUGGAUGUGAUGUUGGAGACUUAUCCAUAAAAAUGAAUGGUGGAGCAGCUUGGCUUUAUCAAGUGCUUGUUGAUGCUUUUAAAGGAAACAUAGCAUCUGCAGUUGAAGAUUCUAUCUCUGAUAAAAUAAUAAAAGGGAUAGCAACACUUGACGAUUUUCUGCAUUCUCUUCCGAAGACAAUUUCAUUAGACGAAACUGCUGCUCUAAAUGUUUCUUUUGUGGACAAUCCUGUGCUGAGUAAUUAUUCUAUCCAACUUGAAAUCAAUGGUUUAUUCACUGAGAAAAACGAUGUUUUAGUACCUCAACAUUACCGCCUAGGAUCUGACAUUUCUAUUUCAAGUGGUGAUUUACCAAAGAUGAUAAAGAUUUCAAUACAUGAAAAUGUUUUCAAAUCGGCCUCCGAAGUUUACUUCGCAGCAGAUACUUUGCAAUGGAUACUUGAUGAACUACCUGAUCAGGCUCUUCUGAACACUGCGGAAUGGAAACUCAUCAUUCCUCAAUUAUACAAGCAAUAUCCAAAUGAUGACAUGAAUCUUAAUUUUUCUGCAUCAUCUCCACCAAUUAUACAAGUGUCGAAUCAAGAUAUUGCCGCUAAGUUUUCAGUAGAUAUAAUAAUUGAUGUUCUAGAAGCUGGUGAAGUCAUACCUGUUGCAUGCAUAUCUGUGGAUAUUAGUGCUUCAUGCGACGCAGAAAUCGUAAGAAACAGUCUUACGGGUCGCCUUAAAUUGUUGAAGUUUUCCACAUACUUGAAAUGGAGCAAAAUAGGGAAACUUCACAUGAAUGUAAUUCAGUCCCUGACAUCAACCGUCCUCAAAACCGUCCUCAUACCGUACAUGAACUCGCAGUUAAAGAAGGGAAUUCCGUUGCCAAUUCUUAAUGGUUUUGCGCUUGCGAAUGCGCGUAUCUUGUACACUCCCCCAUGGAUUUCAGUGUGUAGUGAUGUUUCCUUCUUAGGAGAUUACUAUCUCAAACAUCUACCAGCUCAUGUAUCAUAAAGGGAAUGAGUUACUUGUCUGUCAAGGUAACUGUCAAGAGUGAAUUACAAAGAUACAUCCAUUGGUUAAUAGUUUCUUGUAUGUGUUCCAUCUUUGGUGUAGCUUUGGACACAACCUUUUGUAAAUUAUACAAUCCUGUUCUGAGGAUUACUUGUUCAAAUAUAUGCCAACACUCAAUAAAACAACACGCCUCUUUACAAAGGUUUUUUUAUAGGGUUCGGUCCAAGGCAUAGAGGCCUAAGACAACAAUUUAAA